CAAACUCACCUCCCGUUGAUAUGAGACUUCCUUACGGUCCAGCUACAGCUCAUAUUCUCGUCAGCCGUGGCUCAGAGAUUGGCCGAUUAAAUUUCUAUUCAACAAAUUACUCGACAUCAUAUGGACAGAACGGCUUUCUUCCAAGGACGAAGAAACACCAUGGAACCGGCUAUCUGACGAAUUUCCGGCCGGCAGUUUACUACACAAGAAAUGUUGACGAGAUGGAUUAUCCACUAAUGGGGCAGAUAUUGUCAAACGAGUAUGGAUCACUAACACAGAGAGACUUUCGAAACUGCGUGGGACCACAAGGAAAGGAGCCUGUUCCUCAAUCAGUCCACAUGGUACAAAGUGGUUUCGUUAAAGACUUUCCCAUCACAAGACCAACAUCAUUUAAGGUAAGAGAAGUAUUUGUUGACACUCGAGAGAAGGGGGUAGUAGGGAAAAAGUAUGCCCCAUAUUUGAGAGUUAUUCAACCGAAGGAUCCUAUUGAGAAAGAGAACGCCGGCCAUGGACCUGGCUACAUGACAACAGAAAAUAGUGCACGAUUCUUGAAAGAACCAAAUGGCAAAUUGGAUACCUCAACGAAAACAGUGGGUAGGAAGGAGGGAUCAGGCUUCACUCAUGCUAUCAAUAUUGAACCAAUCACAUAUCGCCCCCCUGAAUCAUUCAGACACUCGUAUCCAAAUUAUAGGCCAGUAGGAAUGAGCAUGAUGAGACAAGACUACACACCAAAUAAGACAAUGCAGGGCAAUGAGCAUCUUCGAAGUGUCUCCUAUCGAGCUCAAGAUGAGACAGGAUAUACAACAGGAAAUAGAGCAAAACCUCUUUUCACUCCACAAAGUCUAGAUGAAGGAUAUAGCAAGCAGGAUGACUUGCCCAAAAUGGUUCAAAACAAAAUGAAGAAGAAUGAUCCAGCCGAAUGGGUCAAUGCGACAGUACCAAACAAUAAAUUUAGCCUGACACAGACCACAUUUCGAGGUAAACAGAGAACCUCUCCAACUCAAGCAGAAAGAUUGCAGUGUGCCUCUCUUGGACCAAGGGAAUUGACUGGCUUCAGUGAGAAUCAUGAUAGAUACAUUCAACAGCCACCAACACAGCACGACAAGGGGCGUUUCACAACUCAUCACUCAAACUGCUUCUGGAAUAAAAAUCCACAAGGAGCUGCACGGGAAGGUCAUACAGAAGGAAAAAUUCUACAACAUUCAACUAAUGGAUUUACGAAGUCAACAGCUGUGCACGGGACAGCUUUAGGAAACGAGCAAGAUUCAACAGCUUUACUUCGGAGUCUCAACCCAUACCAAGCAAAGAGCAUCAAGAAACGUGACCCAUCAUUCAACGAUCACACCCAUGACUCGAAACUGCACUGAACGAAAGAAGUUUAAUUAAUAUGGAUAACUCAAUAUAUCAGCACUAUAUCUUACAACACAAUACUAGCAUUUUAGAUCACAUUUCUUGAUGUACUGUAUGAGAAUUGCAGUAGAGUGAAUUCAAGAAGCCAGUCCGA